AUGCCUGAGAUUCCUAAAUACAACGGAAUAAUCGAUCCGAACGAGCAUGACACCUCUUACACAUGUGCUAUCAAAGGGAACGGCCUAGAGGAUGACGAGAUCGUAUCUGUCUUACUAAAGAAGUUCGAAGAAACCCUGUCAAAGGGGGCUAUGAUAUGGUACAAUAAUUUACCUCCUAAGACUAUUGACUCGUUUGCUAUGCUUGCAGAUUCUUUCGUGAAGUCACACGCCAGAGCCAUCAAGAUUGAAACCAGGAAAUCAGACCUUUUCAAGGUAAGGCAGAAAGACAACGAAAUGCUCAGAGAAUUCGUGUCUCGAUUCCAAAUGGAAUGGAUGGACCUGCCACCAGUCGCUGACGAUUGGGAAGUUCAAGCUUUCAGCCAAGGACUCAAUAUUCAAAGCUCUAUCAGGGUCCAAGAUGACCAACUUAGGGCUCCUUCCGGGUCUUAUCCUAUUAGACCCGGAAUUAAGAGGGAUAUUGAUCAAGAACCAAGGGCGAACAAAGAUCUAUACCAACCAUAUAGUGGAGAUCGCAGAAGCAGCGAACCUGGGCGGAAUCCUGCACGGAAUGAAAGGAGAGGUAAUAGAGGUCAGAGCUCCCGAGCACUCAUAAGCAAGAACGACUUCAAAAAUCCUAUCGGGCCCAAAGAAGAACUUCGAUUAUCAGAAUACAACUUUAAUGUUGACGCAGACGCCAUCAUAUCAGCAAUCGAACGCAUCAAGGAUACCAGAUGGCCUCGACCUCUACACGUCGAUCUGGCCCGAAGAGAUACCAACCAAAUGUCUGAAUGUCAUGGCACCCAUGGCCACCGAAUAGAAGAUUGUCGGAAAUUAAGAGAAGAAGUAGCCCGGUUAUUAACAACGGGCAUCUUCAGGAGUUUCUUAGCGAUCAAACCAAGAAUCAUUUCAGAAAUAGGGAUUCCAAUAAACAAAACGAGCGAGAAGAGACUCAGCACGUGA